GAGUGAAAAAGAGAAGGAGAGACAGAGCGAGAGAGAGAGGAAAAGGAGAGACAGAGCGAGAGAGAGGAAAAGGAGACAGGCAGCUCCAAAGCCAGGGAUCAGACUGGACGGGGGAUUUUUUUUGCCGGCCAGCGCAGAUACUUCAAAACUCCUACCUUUCUUCCUCACCACAUCUUUCUCUCUUUUCAUCCAGUGGUGCCAGAGAGGCAGCGGCAGCGGUGGCUGGGACAGGACAGAACGGGACAGGACGAGUCGGGACAGGGUGGAGGAGGUGAGAAAGGAGCAGAGGUCCAGGGGCCAGAGGGAAGCUGGUGGAUAUUUUUUAAGUGAGCGCUUAUCUGAAGCUGACAGCAGGAUGAGCGCGUGAGCACAGAGGGUCGCUUGUCCCUCCCUCACUCCAUCCCUCACUCCCUCACUCGGCCCCGCAGCAUGGAGUCAAGCCCAUCGCUACCUGGCGACCACCAAGACAGAGAGAGUUAGAAGGAGACUGAGAGAGAUAGAGAGAGAGUGAUAGAAAGAGAGGAAACCGGCUUCUCAGGAGAGCGCAAGACACAAGGGUCUGUAACGCUGGAGCUCAAGGACAAACCAUGGACUCUGCACACCUCCCACCACACCUGGACGUCCACAAUGUUCCCUGCUAGUCUACUGGUUCUGAUGACCCUGCUGCUACCUCAAGCUUUGUCGGGUCGCCAGGGGAGUUCCAGUCACUCUGAGGGGAACUUGGUCACUCCUCUGGAGCCCAAUUUGGCCCAGGCCAUCCAGAACCUCCUGCUGACGCGGCUGGGCCUACAGUCCCAUCCCAACCCACGCUCAGGGGCACUAGUACCCCAGUAUCUCUUGGACCUCUACCGCUUCCACACAGAACAGUACCAUCUAGUAGAAGAUCCAGACUUCAGCUACCCUACCAAGCACGUCCAAGGAGCAAACACUGUCCGCAGCUUCCACCAUGCAGCGUCUCCAGACCUCCCGGACCACGAAAGCAAGAGUGGCAGGAUCCACAUGGACUUCAACCUGUCUUCCAUCCCACCCUAUGAGAAUGUGGUCUCAGCAGAGCUACGUUUCUUGCGUGGCCGUAAUUCCAAUCCUCACACCAUCAGCCUCUAUCUCUAUGAUGGUGAGACUGACUCAAAUCCCAAGUUACUCCAUUCAAGACAGCUAACAAGAGACCCCAAGAACUCGUGGGAGGUCUUCCCCCUGGCAGGUGAACUGUUCCAGAAGCUGUCUGAAUGGUCAGGGAGCAUGUCCUUUAUCUUGGAGGUGACCCCAGGCAACAGCAGCCGUCCAAUGGAGGAUGUAGAUGGAGAGGGACAUCUAAGAGUGCGCAGGUCUGCAGGCCAGGAUGAGCACAGCUGGACACGACAGAGACCCCUUCUGGUCACUUACAGCCAUGAUGGGCGCAGUGAACCACUAGUACCCUUUGGAAAGAGGACCCCCAGGGGCAGGAGGGGAGGGAGCAGGGUUAGAAAUGGCAGGGGUCAGGGAUUAGAGGCAGGCUGGCGUGCCGGGUGGACAGAGAGGCGGGUGAAGCGGAACGGCGGUGGGCGGGCAGCUAAACUCAAGCGCCUGUCUCGUGCUAGGUGUCGUCGUCACCCGCUCUACGUGGACUUCAAAGAAGUUGGUUGGAACAAGUGGAUCGUGGCACCGACAGGCUAUGAUGCCUUCUUCUGCUUGGGUGAGUGCCGCUUCCCUCUGGCCGACCACAUGAACUCGUCCAGCCACGCCAUGGUGCAGACGCUGCUAAACUCUGUCAAUGGAGCCGUGCCACGGGCCUGCUGUGUGCCCACAGCCCUCAGCCCCAUCGCAUUGCUCUAUCUUGACCAGGAUGAACAUGUGGUCCUGAAAAACUACCAAGACAUGGUGGUGGAGGGCUGCGGCUGCCGAUAACAUGAAGGACGAAAGGUGGAAGAACGAGCAGAAUAUAGUGAAAAAGAAAUGUCAAGAUCUUCAAGCUCUCAGCAGAACUUCUAUUCUAAGGACACCCACAAUCCUCUGGAUCCCAGCUUUGAUUCCCUUGUCCCGUGAUGUCUGUAUGUUGUGUACAUUGUAAUGGUUGUGCUACCUACCCACUCAUUCUGCCCCUACACUGAUGUGUUCUGCGUUAUCACAGCUCUCUGUCUUGUUACAACAGUUGUGUAAGUGUUCUUGUGUAUUUCCCAUCCCUGUCCCGCACUUUUUCCACGCGCUACCACCAUGUCACUACAGAAGAUGCCAGCAGAGUUGAUGAUGGACAAGAGAUGUUAGGUGAUCCUGUGACGGACUUCAGGGUGAAAAGAAGCAACAAAGGCGUCCAGAGAUCAGUCCAUUAUUUCUCUCAACACAACUAAUACUCCAAAGGAUGUGCAUUUACAGAGAAAAGACUGGCCAUUAGCACUUCCCACCAGAAAAUAUUUAAAACCCUGACACUAAUUUUGAGAAACUAUUAUGCUAUUGUUUGAAUGUAUAAGUGCUAUUAUUUAUGGUGACUUUUUAUGUUAAUUUACAUUGCAGUCAAGUUCACAGUUGCUAAACAAUUAAACAUCUAUGGUCUUAAAAUAAAUCUAAUUUAAGAGAACACACACACACACACACACACACAUAUAUAUAUAUAUAUAUAUAUAUAUAUAUAUCUGUAUAUGAAUAUAUGUAUAUCUAUUUAAAUAGCAAACAAGUAUGAUGUAUUUAAUCUUGACAAAUAUUGCAGAUAUGCAUAUCGCAAGGUCUCACAAAUACAGUGAAGGUAGCUCAAAACUGGUUGCAUUUAUCUGUGUAUAAAACUCAAUAGUGAGUCAUCGAGUCGUGGUAGUUUCUCAGUGUCCAAUUGUGAAACAGUGAAAGUUGCCUCAACACAUGGAAUAUUGCUAUAAUAUUACAUAUUCUCAACAAACCUGUUUGCCUGUCUGAAAAGUUAAGUAAAAAAGCAAGAACAAACACGUUGCUACUUUAAGUGCAGUGCUUACAGGUCACUGAAAUUAUUCUGGUUAUUUCCUAAUUAUACUUUACCAGUGUGAUACCAUCAACAGCUGCAUUUAAGCAACAGUCUGUGGAAAGUCUAAUGUCUGAAGAUGUGAAAUGUCUUAAAAUAAACAGAAAAAUGAUCACGCACUCUA